GAACUAAGCUCUGAUAAGGCUGCUGAUUCAAGCGAUUUUUGCUCAGCGAGCAAGAAAAAUUCCGUCGCUUUCGAAGAGAACGACGAACAACCAGGUCCUUCAGAGCGGCUUGAUCCUGAACAAAAAUCAGGUAUUAUAACGUCGUCGGAUUCCGGUUGGAGACCGAUUUUUGUUUCACUUGGUGAUUUGGAUCGACCUUCAACAAGCGCAUUACGUCGCACAUCGGAACGCGUGAACGGCACUGACAGUCUUUCAAUAUUAGGCCAGUUUUUUUUUGGUUUUUCAGGCAAUGCCUCACGCGGUAUGGAUUUGAAGGGUGAAAUAACGAAAUUUUUGGAAGAACUGAUCGACAAACAUCCAGAAACACUGGAUGCAAUCGAGAGUGUACGUAUGAAUCGAUUAGGCCGAGGUGUCGCUUCUUGCUCUUCUCGUCCACAACCUUCUGCCCAGCCAAGAAUGGUUGAGAGAAGUUCAGCAACUGUGGCAGCAUUGUCGAAUUUGGCAUUAAAAGAUGGAACUCAUAUAGCGGUGGAUCAUGAGGACACUUCACAAGGAGCUGUUCAUUCUUUCCAGGAUGAAGAUGGUAACUGGUGGACGUAUGCAUUUGAUGAGCAUGGUGUUGGUACAGCUCAUGCGCUCGGUAGUAGUCGUGCCCUGAUGGAAAUGCUUCAGAGUAACAGCGCUACACAGCCCAGUAUCGUAAGUUGA